AUGGAUUAAUAUAAUUCAUCCUUUAUGACUGAUAACAAUAAAUUAAAUAAAUAUAAAUAAUAAGACGUUUCAAUAUAAGUCUAAAAAUAAAGAGAAGACAUAAUUCUUAGUAAAUUUAAAAAGAAAGAAAAGUGGGCAAUCGAUGAUGAAUCAAUAUAAUGUUUUUUGUGUAGAAAAUUAUUUAAUAUAUUAUAUAGAAGGAAGCAUCAUUGUAGAAAAUGUGGUUAAGUAUUUUGUGGAAAAUGUUCAAAUUAUUUCUUGUGUUAAUUAGUAGACGAAUUUUAAAAAAAAGUAGAUAAAGAACGUAGAUUAUGUAAAAAUUGUUUCAAAAAAUGUCAAGAAUAUAUGACAUCUAAAAUUGAAUAAUAACAAAUAUAAUCUGAUGAUUAAAAAGAAGAAGAAGAAGAUGAUGAAUAAGAAGAAGAAAAUGACGAAGAAUAAUCUUAAAAUCAAGAAGAAGAAGAAAUUGAUGAAGAAUAAGGAAAUCAAUAAUAAAAUGAUAUAAAGUUACAAAAAUAAAGUUUAUUAGAAAAAAGAUACUCAUUUAAUGAAAAACUAAGAAAUUUAAUAGGUUAUGGCGUUAUAAGUUAAAAAAAUGUAGCAAGAAAAUGUAUGAAAACAGAAUUUAUGCCUAAAGAAGAUAUCAAAGCUAAUAAUAAUUUAAUAAAUAGAAAAGAAUAAAAAAUAUAUAUUUAAUAAUAAUAAUAAUAAUAACAAUAAUAAUAAUAUUAUAUUAAAUGCAUAGUUGUUAGUGUUGCAAUCGAUGUGUUUUCUAAUUUUGAUGGAAACAUAAUACCUGAUUUGAAGGAAAUCAUUUCUAAACAAAAAUAACAUAUGUAGAAGAUUAUCGAUGGAUUUUAAUUGCUUAAUCCUUAAAUCAUUUUUUGUAAGGAAAAUGUUAAUUAGGAUAUUCUUAGUUGGUUUGAAGGCUAGAAAAUUAGUGUCGUUUAGAAAAUUAAAAGUUAGGAAAUUUUUAAGAUUGCUGAAAUUGCAAAGUGUAAAAUUGUUGAUGAUAUUGAAAUUUUUUUCCCUAAUAAAUAAUAAAAAAAUUAAGAUUUUUCUAAAAGUUAGUAUUUGGGAAAUCUUAAUUCUAUAUAUUUUAGAAGUUAUUAGUCUUAAAAUAUUAAUACUUUUAUGUUUUUGGAAUCUUUUUAAUCUUAAUAUGUCUCAUUGUUGGUUUUUGGUGAAAAUGUUAAUAUUUUGAAAAUUAUUAAAAAGAAACUUAAAAAUAUACUUAAACUUGCUAAAAAUCUCUACAUGGAGUGCUAAAUUAUAUAUUAAAAUGAUGAACUUAUUAAAUAAAAUAAGAAAAAUAAAAAAUUGUAUAUAGAAACUUUAGAAAAUGAUGUAGUGGAUUUUGGCAAUUUCAAUACAUUUAUAGAUGAAAAAAUAGGUAUUUAAGAAUUUGUUUAAAGUGCUGAAAAACCAUAUAGAUAUACAAAAUAUUAUAUAAACAUAUAGACUGUUUAUAGUUAAUAGGCAUAGGACAAGAAAAAUUUGAUAAAUAUGUACAAGAUAAAAACUUAAAUUUUCAUGAAACAAAGAUUGGUUAACUAUCAUUAAGAUGCUCUGAUUAUGAAUUUAAGUAAAUAAUUUUUUCAGAAGAAGGAGAUAUAACAUUAUGUAAAUAAAACAAAUAUAUUAUAAUAUAAAUAAAAAAAAAAAUAUUAAUAUAUAUAAAAAAAAUAAAUAUUUAUUUAUACAAAUUUAAUAUUAUAUAUUUAUAUAUAAAUUUAUUUAUAUUUUUUUGAUAUAACAAUUUACUUGUAAAAGUGUAAUUUUUACGCGAAUGUUAUUAAGAAACUAGUUAGGCUUGUAAAUUAUGUAAAAGACCAAUGUAUAAUCAUACCAAAGUAUUCAUGA